AUGGACGGUCAACUAAAGGAGUACGAACAAUUGAAACAGAAAUUGAAACAGGCCAUCGAAGAAAAACGCAAACAAGAAGAAGAAUUCGACAAAUUACAACAAGAAAUUUAUGACAAGGAAACAGAGUAUUUAUUCGUCCCAAACUCUGGUAACAAACCAAGUCAACAUUCCAUAGGGAACAUCAUCAAGGGGUUUGAUGGGUUCUCUAAGGCACACCACCAUCAUGGAGAUUCCAGCUCUAACGGUAACAAUAACGGUGCAUUUUCAGACAGAGAUAGAAUCUUCUCCCUGAGUAGUGUUCUAUUUGUAAAACAACAGCAACAAGAGACAGAACAGAUUGAGAAACAUCAAAGGAAACAACAGGCUCAAUUGGACGCCUUAAAUGGCUUGGAUGAUGAUAGUAUGGAUGAUAUAACUUCAAUGAACUGA